UAGGUUUGCCAUGAGAAAAAAUGCCAGGAUGUUGCUAAAUAAAGAAACAAAAAGUGUAGUUGUUUAUUCAUGUACUCAUUUGAAUCAAUGAUUACCAGAGGCACAUACUUGUGCAUGCAGCAUCGAUGAAUUGCAGACGUUGCAAUAGAGAUCUGAGCUAUGUAUCGAAAGGGCAACGCCGGCCGGCCCAGGAAGGAGGCUUCAACUGCUUGAGAUGUGUCAAUAGGAUAAACUAUCUUGCAAAACUCAUUUGAACCAACGAUUACCUAAGGCAAAUACAAGUGCAGUGUACAUGCAGCUAAAAUGAAUUGCAGACAGUGCAAUAAAAGUAUUAAAAAGCUAGCGAAAAGUCAGCGACGAUCGGCCAAGGAAGGAGGCUACAACUGUAUUAAAUGUGCCUAUAAGAUAAUGUAUCUUACAAGUAAAGGGACAGCAGAUAAAAAGCGCGAUGGAAGCUUGCCAAGCAGCCUCUCCAAAGGGACAGCAGAUAAAAAAGCUCGAUCGAAGCUUGCCAAACAGCCCCCUGACGAUAACUGCAUUAAAUGCAACUUACCAACAAAUAGAACAAGAAGUUGUGCUAAAACCGUAACAGAUCGGAUGAUAUAUGUGCUAGAGCAGAAUGUACCAUUCGAACUCGAUAAGUCAAAGAAGUCUAUUUGCAUUGGGUGCGAGAAGAUGGUUUCUGAUUUGAUUAAAAAGAAUGAAAGAAUUAACAGAUGCAUCAAGUGCAACAUACAAACAGACAAAACAGAAACAGAUGCUAAAACACGUUGCAUUGUAACACAGCAGAUACUGCACGUGUUAGAACGGAAUGGACCAUAUGAACUUGAUAAACUGAAGCAGUACAUUUGCAAGAAAUGCGAGGAUUUUGUCCGUGAUCUAAUAUCACAGGAAGAACCUUCCGAAUGCAUUUAUUGCAACAAACAAACAGACCAAACAAAAGAAGAUGUUAAAAAACGUUGUUCUGAGACAGAGUGGGCCAUGUAUGUUCUUGAGAUGAAUGAAAUUUUUGAAUUUGAUGCAACAAAGAAGUAUAUUUGCAAGGAAUGUUUGAAGAUGGUCCGUGAUCUUUUUAUUGUGAGGAAUGAUAAUUCACAGACUGGAGAGUUGACAAUUGGACAGGUAGGACAGAUGGGACACAAAAAUCUAGACGUGAAGACUACUCCAACUCAAGUUGAAUACUUACUGGAGACUCAAAAAUACUGCAUAGUCUGUUAUCAACGGCUUAAAACUGGUUUCACAAGUUUGAGCGAUAAUUGUCUGAGGAAGAACAUUGAAGAGCUACUUGGUGCAGAGCAUCUUCAUGAGUUACAUGUUGUAUGUAACAAGUGCAAACUUAAAGUGGAGUCAAUUGAUAAAGAACUUCAAAUACGUAAAAGAUUGCAAAUUAAAGCAGCAUUGGGUUGUGCAAAACGACUAAAGCAUAAUUGGAAGGUUUCAAGCCGCACUAUCCACCAUAUAAGAAAAGCUUCAAUCGAAGGAGUAGUUAAAAUUGCUACAAACAGUGAGCAAGAUGAUAUUAAGCUCAGGAUCCACGUUAGUGAUCGAUCGUUGACUUUAAAAUUUCCAACAGCAUUUUCAAAAUGCUUGUACUCUUUGUGCAAAAUUACAGGUUGCACAUACAGAUGCUUCAAGAUGUCGGAUAUGAUCUCCCAUUAUAUCGAGGAACAUAUUGAUUAUGAACAAAUUAAAGCAAACAUGAAUAGUUCAUUAACAAAAGUAAUUUUGGAGCAUAAUGGAAACACAUCGUUUCUAGAAAACUCUCCAUCAACUUUACUUCUUAAAGGCGCACUACAUCAGUCAGCCGUGAAGCUGGAAAAUAUUAAAAUCGAGAAAAGUACUAUUGCUGACCAAGCGGGUGAAAAAAAAUUGACAUCUCCCAGCAUACCUUUAACUACACAUAUUAAAGGUGGAUCAAAUGAUAAAAAUGAGUCUGGAGAAUAUUUCACCCCAUUAACUGAUGGUGUAUGGUAUAACUCUGACAGCCCAAUGACAGACUUAUAAAGAAAAUUAUUAUGGAAACUCAGUUAGCAAAGAACAUAAACACAGCAGAGCAUCUAAAUGUAAAGCGACGUAUCCCCUUACUUAGUUAGUUGUUGUAUGAUCCAAAUCUUGAAAUAAAGGACAUUUUAAUAUUUUAAAACAAGACAUACAAACUAUAAAUGAUAAAUAUCGAGGACACCUAGGCCUUGGACUAUUUAACUUGAUAAAUUACAUGAACAUAAAAUCCAUUUAUAUGUAAAACACAUAAUAUCCUUAUUUCCGUCAUAAAACUGAUUAAGACCUUGAAAUAAAGGGCAUUUUAAUAUUCAAAAUAAGGCUUGGAUGUCGACUCCUACUCGGUAAUGAAUAGGCAGAUACAAAUUGUAGGUUAUUCACUGUUAGGCAGGUUCUGUUAUGUUUAUCCUGAACAGUCAAUAUUUAAGAGACUUCUCCAAACCUACGAACAAAGCAGGGUAAAAUAACAUUUGGCAUGCCUUUACCCCAUGAACAAAUAUUUCAAUUAUUAAAGGGACAUUCCAUUCUUCUCAUGUAUGGUAGAUGUAAUCAAUCUCUUUCCAUAUUUGGCAAAAUGAUUUGGUAUGGCCAAUACUGUAGUGCUUAUUUCCAGUAACCUGCCAUAUUUUAAUAUCAAACAGGAAGUCCUAAAAUCUCAACUUUUAUAACCUUGCUUUAAACAGUAUAAGAAAGUAACACACUUCAGAAGAAGUGUUUCUUACUUUCUGUGCAAAAAAAUGUUCAGGCGUUGUCAACUUGGAAUAAAAGAAGUUAAUUUCAGGAACAUUAAAUCGUUGAAAAAAUACAGCUGAUUUUGUUAUUCUUUA